UCAGUUACUUUACUUGGAAAGAACAUUCGAGUGCUCUGCCUACCUAGGGCCCUGUGAAGAAAUGGAAUAUCAUUCUCAUAUACAGAAUCUGGAUGAAGAUGGAUAUACUCAAUUAGACUUCAGCAAUCGAGACAUCCACAAAAGGCCUGUAAGAUCAGAGAAAGGAAGCCAGGCUCCAUCUUCUCCUUGGCGGCCCAUUGCGGUGGUUUUAGGAAUCCUGUGCUUGGUGGCAGUAGUGAUUGCUGCAGUGCUGGGUGCCCUAGCAUUUUCGAGAGUCAAUUCAGGGAGAAAUCCAGAAGAGAAAGACAACUUCCCAUCAAGAAAUAAAGAGAACCACAAACCCACAGAAUCAUCUUUAGAUGAGAAGGUGGCUCCCUCCAAGGCAUCCCAAACUACAGGAGUUUUUUCUGGGCCUUGCCUUCCUAAUUGGAUCAUGCAUGCGAAGAGCUGUUAUCUAUUUAGCUUCUCAGGAAAUUCCUGGUAUGGAAGUAAGAGACAUUGCUCCCAGCUGGGUGCUCAUCUACUGAAGAUAGACAACUCAAAAGAAUUUGAGUUCAUUGAAAGCUGGACAUCUUCUCACCAUGUUAAUUCAUUUUGGAUAGGCCUUUCCCGCAAUCAGAGUGAAGGGCCAUGGUUCUGGGAGGAUGGAUCAGUAUUCACCCCCAACGCGUUUGAAAUUAGAAAUACAGCUCCCCAGGAAAGCUCACUGCAUAAUUGUGUAUGGAUUCACGGGUCAGAGGUCUACAACCAAAUCUGUAAUACAUCCUCAUUCAGUAUCUGUGAGAAGGAACUGUAAAGGCAAGGCAUGUGAGAAUAUAAAAAUGGUGUGCACGUGUGUGCACACCCUCCUAUCACCACCACCAUCACCACCACCACCACCACCACCAACAACAACAACAACAACAACAACAACAACAAAACAGAACAGGAAAGAUUGGUAUUGAAAAUCAAAGAAAAUGCUGAAGAGACUUUAACCUCAGCUGAAAACUUGGAUUGAAGAAUCUGAGACUUCUGUACUUGUCAACUUCAUAAAGAAGGCAGUGCUAUCUUGCAGUUAGGAAACCAUUAGACAUGGAGUGAAGGCAGCUCAGAAAUACAGAGAAUAUGUAAAUGUGAGGUAUCCUAACCCAAAUGCCACAACCACAGCAAACCAUCAGGGACACUGAAAAGAAGGACUGUGAAAGCCAGAGGACUACUGCCAGUGUCUUCUACACAGGACAGGGAGAGUGUAUCCAGGAAAUGACAAUACAACUCAGCAAACAAUGCCUGCAAAAUGACAAUCUCAGAUGGUAUGCAAAUAUGGAUGUAGGAAUUUCACAAGGUCCUAUUCCCCACAUGAAGAACUAUGGGCAAUCAAAGAGUGGGGAAGACCUUUCUCCAGGAAAUAACCUCCUGGUGGGUUACUGAACCCCAAGAAGUCAGCACCAAACAUGUACAGACCAGUGUCAUUAAAUGAAAUAUAGAUAGAUAGAUAGAUAGAUAGAUAGAUAGAUAGAUAGAGAUCUAUAUAUCUCAAAAAUUGUUACUAGGGUAUAGGCUGUGCUUGUAUGACUUGCUCAGUAUCCAGCAGUACAUCAGACCCAGUGAGAAGGCAAAAUGCACUUCUAAAUUUAGAAGUGAAGAAAUGACAGAAGAAAAUCUUCAGUAAAAAUAGAGCUACUAUUUUCAUCCACAUGAUCACUACUAAAAUGAUCAUCACCCAAAAGUAACGACACAAGCUUCUUCCUCAACUAGAUAACCCAGCGAGUCUGUCUACCUUUUCUGGUAGCAAAAUCUGGUAUGACAAAGAUGCUGCCCUUACAGGAAGCAUUCUCCUUAAAUAUUAUAGUUAGAAAGACAAGUCAUAUCUGAUAGAGAGUAUUAAAAUAGCAUCCAGUCAGAAUUAGUGUUUUGGAGUACAGAACACAUUUCAUCUUUUUUUUUGUGUAUAAAUACAUGUAUCACAUGCAUUUAAUUACACUAUAACUUUUUUUAAUCAAA